AUGGUUGUCAUUCCCACCACUGCACCAACUGAAGAAGGUCCGCCUGGGACCAACCCUGCUGAUAAGGAUUCUCCAAGUGCCAUGCCAAGCGCCAUGCCAAGUGACAAUCCAACCAUGUCACCAAUGUCAUUGACCACAGCAAUUCCCACAGUUUUGUCCAUGGAAUCACAACCACCGAUUGCUCCUGUACCCGCUCCCCCUGUUCCAACACAAGGUCUCGAUUGUGAAUCAUUUAAUUCGGAAACUGCAUUUGGCGAGCCAACAGACCAGAGCAAUUCAGUCCGAAUACCAACUCGAUGGGGUUGGUAUUGGAGCACAUCAAGUUUUGCGGCAAUGAUGUCUGAAGUUACCAUGGACCUGUGGAUUGGUGCGGGACAGUACAAUGAUAUGAAUGAAGGCACAUUCGCUGGAUCUGUCUCAGUGAAAGUCCAAGAAUGUCAGUCUUUCAACCCCUUGUUUGCUUCUGUUGAUUGGACUGAUGCAUUCAUGGAGCCGGACAGCUGUGUAAGCAGCCCACUGGAUGGCAGACAUGUGCAUGUUGGUGAGCAGUUGCCUAUGGUGGGAGGGGGUAUGACAACAUUUGCACCUGGCCAAUACAACUUUGGUUGUUGUACAGUGGGAAGCCCAUGCUUUGUAAUUGUUCAUGCUGCUGUUUCUGUCUAUGAAGAUGGUUGCUGCAAUGGCGCAUCCCCAACUGAUCCUGUUCCAACCCCAGGAGCCACUCCAUCAACAGCUCCAAUCCUUGUUCCAACAAUGGCUCCUAUCAGCCGCACUGUGACAUCAUUCCCUACAUCGGUCACAACUCCAUCAUUGGCUCCCUUCGUAGAUGAUGUGCCAACCUCAAGCCCCAUGGUUACUCCUUCUGUUGCUCCAGUGGUUUCUCCAUCUAUGGUUGUCAUUCCCACCACUGCGCCAACUGAAGGUCCGCCAGGGACCAACCCUGCUGAUAAGGAUUCUCCAAGUGCCAUGCCAAGUGUCAUGCCAAGUGCCAAACCAAGCCUCACGCCUAGUGACAAUCCAACCAUGUCACCAAUGUCAUUGACCACAGCAAUUCCCACAGUUUUAUCCAUGGAAUCACAACCACCGAAUGCUCCUGUAUCCGCUCCCCCUGUUCCAACACAAGGUCUCGAUUGUGAAUCAUUUGAUUCGGAAACUGCGUUUGGCGAGCCAACAGACCAGAGCAAUUCAGUCCGAAUACCAACUCGAUGGGGUUGGUAUUGGAGCACAUCAAGUUUUGCGGCAACGAUGUCUGAAGUUACCAUGGACCUGUGGAUUGGUGCGGGUCAGUACAAUGAUAUGAAUGAAGGCACAUUCGCUGGAUCUGUCUCGGUGAAAGUCCAAGAAUGUCAGUCUUUCAACCCCUUGUUUGCUUCUGUUGAUUGGACUGAUGCAUUCAUGGAGACGGACAGCUGUGUAAGCAGCCAACUGGAUGGCAGACAUGUGCAUGUUGGUGAGCAGUUGCCUAUGGUGGGAGGGGGUAUGACAACAUUUGCACCUGGCCAAUACAACUUUGGUUGUUGUACAGUGGGAAGCCCAUGCUUUGUAAUUGUUCAUGCUGAUGUUUCUGUCUAUGAAGAUGGUUGCUGCAAUGGCGCAUCCCCAACUGAUCCUCUUCCAACCCCAGGAGCCACUCCAUCAACAGCUCCCAGCCAUGUUCCAACAAUGGCUCCUAUCAGCCGCACUGUGACAUCAUUCCCUACACUGGUCACAACUCCAUCAUUGGCUCCCUUCGUAGAUGAUGUGCCAACCUCAAGCCCCAUGGUUACCCCAUCUGUUGCUCCAGUGGUUUCUCCAUCCAUGGUUGUCAUUCCCACCACUGUGCCAACUGAAGAAGGUCCGCCAGGGACCAACCCUGCUGAUAAGGAUUCUCCGAGUGCCAUGCCAAGUGCCAUGCCAAGUGACAAUCCAACCAUGUCACCAAUGUCAUUGACCACAGCAAUUCCCACAGUUUUGUCCAUGGAAUCACAACCACCGAUUGCUCCUGUACCCGCUCCCCCUGUUCCAACACAAGGUCUCGAUUGUGAAUCAUUUAAUUCGGAAACUGCAUUUGGCGAGCCAACAGAUCAGAGCAAUUCAGUUCGAAUACCAACUCGAUGGGGUUGGUAUUGGAGCACAUCAAGUUUUGCGGCAACGAUGUCUGAAGUUACCAUGGACCUGUGGGUUGGUGCGGGUCAGUACAAUGAUAUGAAUGAAGGCACAUUCGCUGGAUCUGUCUCGGUGGCAGUCCAAGAAUGUCAGUCUUUCAACCCCUUGUUUGCUUCUGUUGAUUGGACUGAUGCAUUCGUGGAGCCGGACAGCUGUGUAAGCAGCCCCCCGGACAACAGACAUGUGCAUGUUGGUGAGCAGCUGCCUAUGGUGGGGAAGGGCAAAACAACGUUUGCACCUGGCCGAUACAACUUUGGUUGUUGCACAGUGGGAAGCCCAUGCUUUGUAAUUGUUCAUGCUGCUGUUUCUGUCUACGAUGAUGGGUGUUGCCAUGCAUUGGAUAGUCCAAGUGCCAGUCCAUCUGACCCAACCAGGCUUACUAGCUUCAACCCCUUGGACCCAGUGCCAUCAAGCUCGCCAAUGUUGCCAGCUCUAAGUCCGGUUGUCAUGGGCUCAGCCAGCCCUGUGACCAAUCCAACGUCAGUUACUGGCAGUCCCAAUAUGAUGACUCCUGUCAUGACAGGAGGGCCAGCCCAAGUGGUGACGCCCAGUUCGCCUGUACCAGCAAUUCCAACCAAAAAUCCUUUGCCGAAUCCUCCUGGCAAUGCUGGUGACAGACCCAGGGGCACAAUGCUUCCUUCGAUGGUGGCAUCAACAAGCAACAAGACCACUAUUCAACCCAACGAUUUCAGGACAACAACACUGCCCCCCAUGAAUUCAACAGCAAAUGAGACAAUGGCACCUUUCAAUUUUGGCUUCCCACCAAUGCCCACCACUUCCAGUUCACCUGCGAGCAGCGUUCCCGUGAUGUCUCCAUUGCCUAAUGAAACCUGCAGCAUCGUUGAAAGUGGCACACUUUUCAGCAAGCCAAAUCACAACAAUUAUUUUACACAGAUGACAGGUCGCUUUGGAUACUACCAUCACGAAUGGUACUUUACCGGCAACGACAGCGCCUACAUGAUGGACACGUGGAUGGGAACCGGCACCUGCCAAGAAUCCCAAUCGCAAAAUCUUGUGUACGCAGGACAGAUACGUGUAAACGUUGCUACCUGUGGCUGUGAUGAUAACAGUCACAAGUCAAGUGUUGACUGGUCCGAGGUGCUUGAAGCCGAGAACCAGACUGACCUCUGUCUGCGAAGUGAACCGUGUGAACGAUAUGUCCACGUCGGGAACACCUUGCCCACGACGUGUGGGCACACCUCCUUUGCACACGAGCAUUUCCAGCUUGGUUGUUGCGUGGUUGGACAGCCCUGUUUUGUGAUUGUUGAAGCCACUGUUCAUUCAUACGAGCGUGGUUGCUGCAGCUGCGAUAGUUCGCCUUGA